AAAAAUCAAAAAAUCAUGCCACCCAUUAGAGCCAGAAAGGCCCAAGCCACUGCCAAGUCCACCAAGGCAAGCAGGCGGACCAAGGGAGCCAGGCGGCAGCAGGACAGAGGGGGGAGGAGAAACCUAACCGCUGUCCACCACGCCGACACCAGCUGCAGGGCAGCCCCUGAGACCGAGGGGAUUGGUACAAGUACCCAGGGCUGGGAGGAAAAUAUUCAAGCCUCCACGGGAAUGGCGGAGGAGCAUGUGCCGCUCGGUACCAACCAUACGGAACACCAUGUAUGGAUUGUGGGAUCUUCAAUUGUUUACUGGGCAUGUAGAUGGGCGGCUACAAAUCUGACUACUAACUUACGCUUGGAAAAUUUAGGCGUUCAGGUAACCUGGAUUGGCAAAAGGGGCAUGAAAUGGGGGGAUCUUAUUGACUCGAUGGAGCAAAAGUUAACAAAAUGUCCUCCUCCCGCAUAUUUAAUUAUACACCUUGGGGGGAAUGAUAUCACUUCAAUUAAAAGCGAGGUGUUAUGUACCAGAAUAGAGCACGAUAUAUGUUUAAUGACAAACAGAUUACCAAGUUGUAAAAUGAUAUGGUCUGAUAUACUCCCGCGCCGGAAAUGGAUAGGGGGUCGUGACAUAUGUUCCGUCGAACGGAAGCGAAAACGAGUUAAUAGAGCUGCUCGUAGGGCGGUCGCAUCAGUAAACGGCAGUGUUAUUAAUCACCCUGAUAUAGAGUUUUCGGAGGAGGGGCUUUACCGCGCUGACGGAGUCCAUAUGUCUGACGUGGGAAAUGCAAUUAUAACAAACACUUUUCAAUCAGCCAUAGAAGCUUUUAUCUCCUCUUAAAUUUUAUUUGUUGGGUGGCAGAGAUGUAUAGACAUCUCUGAGUGGCGGAUAUGUCAGACAAGCAGAGACAUUUGUCAUCAUUAUAUUAAUUAUUGUUUAUGUAUGAUUAUCUAUUUUACAUGAUUUGUAGAGCAUGUUGUGGCUCGCUAAGGCUACCCUAGGAGCCAAUACAAGCUUGCUAUGGAGUGCACUAGGAGCUUGUGUGAGGGACCUGUUCGGUAUAACAGUAACCUCCUACCCCGUUCGGUAUAACGGGUGGUUAUUUUUGCCCUACUCAGUAUAGUGGGCUUACCUGUUCAGUAUAACGGGUGGUCAUCUUUGCCCUACUCAGUAUAGUGGGCUUACCUGUUCAGUAUAACAGGUGCCUCGCUAAGGAAGCCCCUAGGAGGCAAUUACAUAUCCCAGCUGACUCGCUAAGGGGUACCCUAGGAGUCGAUUUAUACAUAUUGUUACGCCUUGCUAUGGAUUACCCUAGAAGGCGAGGUGCCAUAACGCUCGUUAUCAGUUUAGGUGUGUGGCACCCAAUGAUUGUUAAAUGCUUGUCUGACAUUUGUCAUUGAAACAAUUAUUAAAGCUGUGGCCUUUAUCAUCCAAGAAACAUGUUUUGUUAUUUUUUCGGAAAAAUAUUC